CGGAAUUCCACUCUGUAGCACGAAGUUGGCGUCUGAGCGACGUCAUUGCCUACCUUACACGGCCGCCAUAGCAUUCCUGAUCUCGCAGGCCCUGACGUUCAUUUGACCUUGGGAUUCCUCAAACCUACUUUUCAGACGUCUCAAAAAACGCAUUCGUCUGUUCUCUCAAGACCGUGUCCUCCCAUUCGUCCUCCCAUUCGUCCUCCCAUUCGUCCGUUCAACGUUUCAUCCAUCCACCCGCCAUGUUUUCGUGGAUCGCAUCGAAGCCGCCGGUCAAGGAAGAACCACCUAUUCCCAAGAGCUUCGAUCCGCUUAAGGGGCUGGGAGGAGCCGUCGCAUAUUACAAGGAUGCUGCACCGCAGGCCGCCGACGUCGCUGCGUCAUCCAAGCUGAUCGGAUCCGCGGCUGCCUUCUACGCCAACGUCGCUCGCGAGCGCUUGCUAGACGCUGCUGACGCCGCAGUGCCCGCGGGUUCGAAUCCCAGCGCUGGCAAUGUUUCGGGAAACGGAGCAGCCGCAGAACCCUGCCCAGGCGUUGACGAAAUCAACGAAUUUCUGCGACGUGGGCGACGCUGCAUGGACUCUGUCGCGCCGUCGCUGACAGAUACUGGUGCAGAGGGAGGCACGGGGGAUGGAGGUUCGGUGCCCGCACCGGAGCUGGACGGGAGGUUCGGGAGUGGGGCUGAUGAGCCGGUUCGGUGGCUGUUUAAGGUGGUGAUUGGCAGCGAGCACGCAGACCUGGAUGCCAUCGUGUCAGCCAUCGUGUAUGCCUUCUUCCUCGACCAAUCGGAGCCUCCCAGCGCACGGGCGGAGGGGCUUUGUCUGCUUCCUCUGGUGCACACGAGCAGGGCGGACUUCCACCUGCGCACCGACGCCGCAUGGCUGCUGCAAGCCAUGGGCGUUGACACGCAGGCGCUCCUCUUUCUAGACGAGGUGGAUCUGCGCAAGCUGCACGGGGAGGGCCGGGUGCAAAUGGUGCUGUACGGCCACAACAAGAUGCCCGCUUCUGUAGAGGGCAUGGAGAAGGCAGUGGCUGAGAUCAUUCCCCGGGAAACAGGUGGGGAGCAGGGAUCAGUCAUCUCACAUCCCAUCUUCCCUCGCACAGCAGAAGAGGGCAGCAGCUGCGCCACCAUGCUGGCUCGCAGGCUGUCAGAGGAGGCUCCUCACCUCCUCCUAAACACUGCGCUGGCUCGCUUGCUGCUCGCAGCCAUUCUCACGUGCACCAACAACUUGGAUCCCGGCCAGAGCAGCGAGGUGGAUGCCAGCAUGGCAGCAUUCCUGGCCGUCGGAUCGAGAUGCCUGGGGAGAAACAUAUUUUACGAGAUAUUGCGAGACAAGAAGUACAACCAGGCGUCUCUCACAACUGAGGAGCUCCUUAGAGCGGAUAUUGUGCAGCAUGCCAUGGGGCCCGGGGUGCGUGGCAAGAAGGGGGGCGAGGUGCUGAACGUGGCUAUAUCGAAUGUGGGCAGCUCCACCUCGCAGCUGGUCAACAAGGACCCCAAGUUCGAGGAAAUCCUCAAACAGUUCCUCUCAUCACGAUCGCUGCACCUGCUGGUUAUCCUCUCUACAUACUACUCUGAAACCAGCAAGCGCUUCAAGAGGGAGCUCGUCCUGGCGGCCCCUCUCUCCUCCCUCUCCUCGGGGCUCUCCUUCUUCCUUCAAAAGGAGUCCCACGAUCUGCGCCUUCGACCAGUCACGGUUCGGGGCAUGCCCACUUGGCUGAAGGCGUUCACACUUGGUAACCCGGUAACCACCCGCACUGAUGUGGAGCACCUGCUUGUUGAGUAUUUUGAGGACGGGAGGUGAUGAUGAUGAGUGCCAAGAUGGUGCUCAGAUGUGGGAUAUGAGAAAGUGGGUUUCAAACGUUCUCUACACGACAAGUAGUACAUAGGUGGAUGAUGAUAUCUAGUGGCUGGAAGUUUUCCUUGAAAGGAUGCUGUGCGGGUCGAGUGACCCGCUGGAGUUGUCAAACAUAUUUGUAGAUUUUACUAUAGCCUGGAUAGGGACAUGCCUUAGAGAGUACAGCUCAUUAGGUCAAAACUGUCGUGUACCCUUCUUUCUAAUUAAUUCUGCCACUCUAA